AACCUAUGAAAGCAUAGCACCAGAAACAUUGACUUUCUAUCCACCCCAUGGCUUAAUCUAGUAUUCUGGUACUCCAGUGAGGGGCUUCUUUUGUGGAUGAGUGAGGUCUCUUUGGUCGAAUGGAGUAAUGGUCCCUACUUCUAUUGGAUUAUGGGAUGGGUGUGGUAUUGUGGUAUUAAUCUGAGCAGACGGCAGGCAGCCUGCCCUUGACUAGCGACUAGCGGAGGGCUGUUGUGUUUCUGUUGGAGUGACUUCACACCGCUCUACAGCUCUGUCUAGUCCACACUGCUCUCUACAGCUCUGUCCAGUCCACACCACUCUCUACAGCUCUGUCCAGUCCACACUGCUCUUUACAGCUCUGUCUAGUCUACACGGCUCUCUACAGCUCUGUCCAGUCCACACUGCUCUCUACAGCUCUGUCCAGUCCACACUGCUCUCUACAGCUCUGUCCAGUCCACACCACUCUCUACAGCUCUGUCCAGUCCACACUGCUCUCUACAGCUCUGUCCAGUCCACACUGCUCUCUACAGCUCUGUCCAGUCUACACGGCUCUCAACAGCUCCAAGGGAAAGAGACGUAUCCGCAAAGAUGAACCUCUUCUGCUUCUCUCUGGAGGGUUCUAUGGACAGUCUGUAUGAGGCUGUGCAGGACUCCAGUGAUGCCCAGGUCUACACCAUCCCCAGCCGUUCCUCCAGCCGCUCCUGUAGCCUUGCCAUGCUGCUAGAUGAAAACCCCAAGUUGCGUGGCUCGGGACGAUCCAUUUCCAUGGAGAUCUCCCAAAUGCAGACCAACAACACUAAAAAAAUUCAAAGAAUAACACAUGUAUCCAAAUCAGCACCAGAAAACAGAACUUUAGAUCAAGCCUCUGCCGUCUGCAAUAGUGCUCUCUGGCUGCCAGCCAAGAUCCCCCCAGAAGAAGAUUUAGAUUUAGGCCACAUCAAGAACAAUCAAAAUGAAGAGAUGAUCAAGCCCAUGGUCAGAACUGAGAUCCAGGCCAAAGCCACGAUCAGAACCGAUGUCAAGACCAAAAAGGGAAGAGGAGGACGCAAGUCGAGCAUAAAGAAGAAUGAAAAGUCACCAACCCCACCAAUACCACCAACUCAGGUGGUGAGUUACGAGGGAUGGGCUCAGAACGCAGAUCUGCCCAACAGCAGGCAGAGAGACCUGAUUGUCCAUGCCAACGGGGAAGUGGCGAAGCCCAGAGUUCCCAUCAAAAAGAGUCAAAAGUCUGGAAGUCAGAAGACUGGGAAGAAAGGGAGUGCAAAAAAUGGAAAAGAAGGGGCCAAGAAAAAUCAGGACACCACAAGGAAUAAGGAGCUCAGAAAAUUUACCACAGACAAUGACACUUAUGGGCCCAUCCCAGUGAAAGCGGGACCCUAUCUGGAUGUGGUCCGGAGGUCAGCUCCUGUUUGUAAGUCUGUACUAACAUCAGCCCAGGAGAAUUCUACCCUAGCUCCGGUGGCCAUGGAGCUGAGGACCGGGCCUGGAGGCCCUGGAGCUCCUCCCAGGAACCAGCGCUGGAGUAACCCAGCCGAGAACGCUCCAGAUUGGGGGACCUCCUACCACAUCUGCCGCAGGCCCCUCACAGAGUACCCCGUUUAUACCCAUGACUACACCCUGCCACGGGCAAAGGCCUGGGACAAGCACCAGGGGCUGGCCCAAGAUGCGAGCCUGAAACGGGAACCCUCGCCCCAGGGUGUCCCCCUCUCUGUUACUGAUGUGAAACUAUGCGACCGCAAUGUGAGUAUGCUACAGAGGGCAGCCUCAAAUGUUUCAGACAAACCAAAGCUCAGUAAACCAAAGCGCUCCACUAGUUUUGGGCGAUUUGAGGGCAUCAGACAACCAUCACCAGCCAGACUAGAGGAAAAUGGAACAACAGUGGCAGAGGAGUCUGGAUGUGAGAGUUCUGAUCAGACCAAACAAGGCAGCCUGGGGAAGAAGAUGAAGGCCAUCUCUCUGACCAUGCGCAGGAAGAUGGGCAAGAAGCACUCCAAAAUCUUCUCUGAGGAAGCUGGUGAAGACACUGACAGAGACCUAGAAGAGGAAACAGAGUGCAGUCCUCUAGAGAAAGGCUCUGAAAAGACCAACAACUCUCUGGAGAGCCUGUACAGCGGACAGAGUUCCUCCAGCUCAGGUAGUAUGGCCUGCCUCUCAAAUGGCUCCAGUACCAGAGACAGUCUGAGACUAGAAGAGGACGGCUCCUACAACGGACACUUCUGUGGUAGAGCACGGGUCCACACAGACUUUGUUCCCAGCCCAUAUGACACUGACUCCCUCAAACUCAAGGUUGGAGACAUUAUCAGCAUCAUCAGUAAACCUCCCAUGGGCAUAUGGACAGGGAUGCUGAACUACAAAGUGGGCAACUUCAAGUUCAUCUACGUUGACAUGCUCAUGGAGAAAGAGAGAGAGGAGGAGGCGCCAAAAAUCAGACCUCAGAGGAUGAGCAAGAGACCACGACCAAAGACACUACUGGAACUACUGGAGCGUCUUCAUCUAGAGGAGUAUGCAUCUGCACUGCUUCUGAAUGGCUACCAGACAGUAGAGGACCUGAGGCACCUGCAGGAGAAACACCUUAUAGAGCUGAACGUGAUGAAUCCAGAACACAGAGGCAGGCUGCUGGCUGCUGCAGACUGCAGAUAUACAGAGAGCGAUGAUGUGAGGGAGAGUGAGGAGCCCUCUUCAUCACACAGCCUGAAGGAGGAGAAGAGUGACUGUCCCAGAGACUCAGGCUGCUUCAUUCCAUCAGAGUGCUCUGAAAACAGCAAAGAAGACACAGAGAGCCAACCAGUCACACGCUGAUAGGCUGCACUAUCCUAAUUAACAUACCAGUAUAAAACGUUUAUUAACUAUUACGUUUUGACUUGUAAAUUACGAUGGCUCACCAAGUUUGUCUCGUCUGUAUUUGGUUUAACAAGGUGCGAUUUCAUUAAUUAAAUGUUAAAUGUAGGCAAUUUUUUCUUAAAACCGAUGAAUCUGUUCCUCCUUAUAAGCAUCCAUUUAUGAACCUUUUUCUUUAACCUAUUAAUUCACAUAAAGCACAGGGAUCAAACUCAUUCCACGGAGAGCUGCGGGUUCUCGCUCCUCCCUUGCACUUGAUUGAUGAAUUAAGGUUAUUAAUUAGUAAGGAACUCACCUCACCUGGUUGUCUAGGGCUUAAUUGAAAGGGGAAAAACAAAACCUUGCAGUCACUAGGCCCUCCAUGGAAUGAGUUUGACACACCUGACAAAAUAUUUAUGACAAAUGAUAUCUUGUUUUUUUGUGUAUUGUGCUGGAAACUAUGACGUGUGUUUGGUUUUACUAUCAUUGUGGGGACCAGAAGGAGGCUAUUUUAGGUUUAGGGGAUUAGGGUUAGAAGCUUGGGGUUAAGGUUUAAGGUUAGGGGUUAGGAAAAAUAUGAUUUUUAAUGGGAAUGAAUUGUUUGGUCCCAACAAGGAUAGUAAAACAAACGUGUGUGUGUGUGUGAGUGAGUGGGCAGGAGUUUGUACAUACAUUUUUUAACAUUCCUGGUUUAACAAAAUGUACAGACUUGUAGAACUCAAUAUACUGUAAUUGCAAUAUGUCACACAUUAAUAAAGUAUUUAUGCAUCAAGAGUCA